AUUUGUAAACGUCGGAUCGCAUGUAGAACGCAGAACGAUGGCAACGGCCGACAUCUACCACGAGCCGCAGCAGCUCAUGCGCUGCGGCGUGCACGCGGCCAACAACCUCCUGCAGCGCCGCGCCUUUGAGGCUGGCGACUUUGACGCGCUCUGCACCGAGCUCUGCCCGAGCACGUGGCGCAACCCUCAUCGCGGCCUCUUGGGCAACUACGACAUUGAGGUCCUUAGCCUUGCGCUGCUUCGCCAAGGGUGCGCGGUCACGUACUUUGAUGUGCGGAAACCGCUCGCCGCGCUGCCGCUCGAGACGUGCGUCGGCCUCAUCUGCAACGUGCCGCAGUCGAGUUUUCUGGGGCUUUGGCAGUCGCGUCACUGGUUUUGCAUUCGCGAGGUGCAUAACACGUUCUACAACCUCGACUCGAAGCUCGCGGCGCCAGAGCCAUUUCAGGAGGCGGCCAGUGUCCGUGCGUACCUGGCGGCGAGCCUCGCGACGCAUCCCUCGACAACGAUUCUCGUCGUCACGCGCACGACCCCAUUACCAUAGGAAGGGUUGGAUAAGAAGAUGCACGAGGUGCUGUUGGUAUUGUAGGUUAAUCUAUGGACAAGUCGAC